UUGGUGGUUUGAAAAGUCCCGGGUUUUGAGACGUGACAAUUUCGUUCCAGGGACAUAUUCACUAGUGAGACUAAGUGAGACCUCUGCGUCUGUGUUGUGGUGUUAUCAGUUUCCUUUAAUUCCCAGAGUGUGGCAUGCACAGGACUCAGUCGUCAUGGACCACGUGGCUGUCGUCUGCAAAGAUUAAAUGCAUGAUUUAGUGACCUAAACUUGUAGAAUAUCGACGUACAUUCAAUUGGAUGAAAGGGAAGUCACUUGCACCUGAUUGCCGAUAUCUCUAAGCUGUUCACUCGUAACUGUAUUUCUUUUUAAAGUAAUUCUCUUUACUCCAAUGGAGCACCUAAAAGGCAUGGACACUACGGGACAACCACUUAGAACCUCCACACCAACUGCCAUGUCGGACACAGCCACAGGAAGUGAGGGCUUUGCACAACUGUCCAAUGACACUAAUCACGUGAACAAGAAAGAGAACGAACCGUAUUCAAUCCAGAACCACACUUCUCCUGACCACCGCGGCCACGUGACAACGGUCCAGGAGAUGGAAAUCGGGGAUCCUACUGCGCCAAAAAACGCCACAGUGGUCUCCAAUAAUGAGAAAAAUACUUACAGCGAAACCACAUUUACCAAUAUCAAUGACGGGGAUAACCCUUCGGAAGUGGACAUUGUCCCUCCAGAUCUGGAGGAGGUGCCCAUGAGAAAACACCUGAUGUCUAUGUGGUACCUUGCGGUCAUUGUAUUGACACCAAUCAUUUUUCUGCCCAUUUUCUUGAUGGUCGGACCUCAAUUUCAGCGUCAAGCCCGAUGUGGCUACACUAUCGCCAUUAUGGCAAUCUAUUGGACAACGGAAGCUCUACCCAUAGCUGUGACGUCUUUGUCCCCGAUAGUGCUGCUUCCGGCCUUGGGCGUGAUGACGGCGCGAGAGACAUCUAGUGCUUAUUUUAAUGACACAUCAAUGCUGUUUGUGGGCGGCCUGUUGGUGGCCAUAGCAGUUGAAGUCUGGGACGUCCACAAGAGGAUCGCCCUGCUGGUGCUCAUGCUGGUAGGGGCGGAGCCUAAAUGCUUGCUAUUGGGGAUCGCUUUAGUCACGUGGUUCCUGUCUAUGUGGAUCUCUAACACAGCUACUACAGCUAUGAUGAUGACCAUUGUCCAAGCGCUUCUCAGCCAGUUUAACGACAUGAAAGAGUACGACAAGGUUCAAGCGGCGAAACUUCGAGGAUCGGUAGCCAGACUAGACCCUAAUUCUCCUGAAGCUCUAGACCUGAAGAAGAAGGAAGAAAGAGCUGAUGCCGAGUUUAUACGUCUGAGCAAAGCCUUGUCUCUGACUGUAGCCUACGCAGCUAACAUUGGUGGUAUUGGCAGCUUGACAGGCACAGGGCCAAACCUGGUAUUGUUUGCUGCGGCUCAGAAGGUGUUUGAAGACGUUGGCAUUAGCUCGCCUGUAACAUUUAGCACAUGGUUGAUCUACGGUCUGCCUCUGUCCAUCUUAGUGAUGCUGGCCAUGUAUCAAUGGAUGGUGGUCGUGUUUCUACGUUGCAAGGGCGGAUGUCUGUGCUGCUGCUGCACCCCGAAAGCAAACAAGCAACGUCUUGAGAAAGUCAACGCCUUGAUCAGAGAUGAAUAUACAAAACUUGGACCAAUCACUUACGCUCAAGGCACAGUUCUCGCUGCUUUCAUUCUGCUGGUGGUAGCCUGGAUCACUAGAGACUUGGGAGGAGUUGGAGGCUGGUCUGACUGGUUUCCUAAAGGAUUUACAAGUGAUUCAACGCCGUCCAUCUUGUUUGGUAUUUUAAUGUUUGUCCUGCCAUCAUCAUUCCCUAAAGCACUGACCAAUAAAUUCGACAAACAUGCCACAUACACCAGAGUGAAGCCCUUGCUGACCUGGAGACAAGUUCAGGAGAAGAUGCCCUGGUCUCUCUACUUGCUUCUCGGGGGAGGAUACGCCAUUGCACAAGCAGCCACGGUUUCUGGUUUAUCCAAAUGGCUUGGUGACCAGCUGAUGGUGUUUAGAACUCUUGACCAGUGGCUAGUUCUACUCAUCAUAUGCUACAUAGUCACCUUUGCGACAGAAGUGACCAGCAAUACUGCCAUAGCCACGUUAAUGAUGCCUAUAUUGGCUCAGAUGUCACUGAGCCUCGAAGUGAAUCCUCUAUUUUUCAUGUAUCCCGCUGCCAUAGCAACGUCCUUCGCCUUCAUGCUUCCUGUCGCUACGCCGCCAAACGCCAUUGUGUUCUCCAGCGGGACUGUGCGGGUGAUAGACAUGGUGAGCAGUGGUCUCUUCCUGAACCUCAUCUGUCCUCCUAUCCUAGUCCUGGCCACCGCCACAUGGGGCAACGCGUUCUUCCACUUUGACCAGGUGCCCCACGAGUUCUUGAGGAACGUGACUCACGCAGCAAGGAGCACUGGUUAACUCUGCUAUUCACAGUGGAUAUUAUCCUCGCCUUUGUCACUAUUUGUAUUGGUUGUGAUGGAGAAAAAAAUCAAUGUUUAUUGUUAUAAUGUUUAAACUGAUUCCAACAGGGCAACUAUUGUUUUAAAACGUGUAUAAAUUCCAUUCAACAUCGAUCUCAUUUAUAUCUACCAAUAUGUAUAUACAUUUACCUCCUUGUUAUUUAGACAAGUUUCAUAUGGUAACUAGAGGAACGCUUGCGCACAAAGCCAUAUACAUUUCUUUAUUGGAUACACUAAUACACUAACAAUGAGUGUAGUUCCAUUAACUAAAAUAUCUUGUUAAAUAUUCUCAUUCUUUAUAGUAACGGCUACUUUUUUCUUUUCCGAAAUAGAACCAUUUAGCUUUUAAUAUUAAAUAUGCAUAAAUUUUACGAAAUAUCUACACGUAAAAUAAUAAGGUGUUAUAUUCUGAAGAUUAAGCAUGAGUUGAGUUUUUGCUGGCCAUGCUUGUCUUCGGGUAGGGCUUUUCUUGGAUUGAAGUCUCGUGUGUUCGGUGACCUUUGUGAGAGUUCGCCACCUGUCUCUGUCAGAAGACAUUCGCCGCCUGUUGUUUAAUUUUCUCAAUGCCAGUGAUGACAAACUGUCGCCUGAGUUAGCAGAUAAGAAACAGUGGAAGACAUCCAGCCUAACUGUCGCCUGAUUUGAUAUAUUAGAAUAAAAGUAACACCCAGAGACAUCCAGCCUAAUUGUAGCGAAGACCUAGUGUUAAUCUGUUUAGGAAGAACGUGUAUACAAAAUACGCAAUGCUAAAUAUGGCGCGAAUUAUGGAAUCUGUGGAAACUAAGUGGACGCGACAAGCUUGUGAGCUGCCGAUGUUAGCAAAGAAUAACCCGUGCACGAUUUAUGAGAAUGUGUUUCAAUCUUAAAAUAGUAAGCAGCUCUUUAAUUACUGAGAGUAACGAGCACAAUCUAUAGAACACAUUCCAUGGACACAAUCCAUAGAACACAAUCCAUAACUUCCGGUUUAGAUCACGCAAUAAAAAAAAUUAUCUUAUCGAACUUCUAACGGUAAAUUUCGGAGAAUUCUUUUAGCGAUCUUCGGAGAUUCUAUAGGUUAAUACAUUCAGUAUCCGAAUUCAAUAUCACGUCCAUUCUGCUAUGUAAAGAAGAUUUAGAUCUAUUGUAGCCCAUGUGUCAACCAUAACAAAGAAAAUAUUAUAUCAACUUAUUCAAUAUUCAUUAUAGUUAUUUUUUAACCAAUAUGAUAAAAAUGAGGUUAUUAUUUUUUAUUUUGUAACCAAAUAUACAAUUGUGAUGUUUGUCAAUGUACAAAGAAAAUGUUAUGCUGUUGUUGAAAAUGUACAUGUCGAAUGUAGACCAACUAGGUGAAUGUUAAUACUAGACAGCUCUCUCAUGUUCUUUACUUAAACAGUUCAUGUAAUGGAAUAUAUCUUGGGGCAUUACCAAUGCCGGCUUUACACAUGUGUAUUUGACAUGGUGGGCCCCUUGAGAAUACAUGUUUGUAUAAUCAGCUAUUAAAUGUAUAUUCCCAAAAAAUAGUGUAAUUCUUACAGUUACCGCUAAUGUGCAGAAGUCAGUUAUUCUACAAAUUAUGUAGGCAUUGUACUGAUUAACUAGGGUAAUAUGUUCAUGUGUGGACAAUUGUUUUAUUUUUCACAUUACCUAGAAAAAAAUGACCUGGAUCAUGUGCAAGGUGCCUACAUAUAGUGUAUAGUGAGCACUAGACACUCGUUAAAGUGAACAAAAAGGGAUAACAUACCAGCUAUCUAUCUUUAUUUAGACUUGGGUUAUGUCUUUAUACGGUGUAUUUAAUUGAUUAAUCAUUAUGUUUAUUCCACCUUGGCCAAUGGACACAUGAGUGGAAUACAUUAUUUCAAACCAUCUUUCGGCCGGCAUAGACAACAGACUUCCUCGCGCAUCUGCUUAAUUUUCCCCAGGCGUAAAUAGUCAACACAUUAUACUUUUUAAUUAGUCGAUAAUCUAGAAAUAUUUCUUUCAUCGCUAAGUAUAGUAUGACUUUAAUUACUCUUUUUUUUUUGGUCAAUAAGAAGGAUUUUGAAUCUUCCCGAAACAGGUUUGAGAAGAAUGACGUUGGCGUUUUACUCCGCUAAUCUCUAAUGGCACACAGCUCGCGCUCGGCUGUCUAUCUGCGCUGCGUGUUCUGCUUGGAAACAAACUUCUCAACUUUAAUGGUAUGAAAGCUGUUAAUGUAUACAUUAACUAGCGCCUAGGGGUAAAAUGUGAGAAACCCUGCGUGACGCACAUAAACGGAGAAAAUCAGUUCAUUUGUAGAUUAGCGAGACAAUAUCCACAAUGAAGGCCUACGAGCGUUAGCUAUAACAUAGCUACUAUUCUCUAAUUCUUUUUAUACGCAAAGGUCCUCCAAUAAUAUAACUAUAAUAUAUAAUACUUAUUAUACUCAUUUGUAUUGAAAAUAAUGCUGUUUUGUAUGUACAUUUUAUGUACUAUAAAAUAUUUACACUUGGUUUAAAUGUUUCUUUGAUUAUGUGAAAAGAAUUGUCGAGUGUUAUGGAAUGGGAUAUAUACAAGGUGUAUUUCUUCAAAGUUGACUAUUCACUACCUUUGUUGUUACUUUUUUUUUAAAGAUUUAUUAAACUUUAUGAUCAGAAGUACAUUAUCACAUACAAAACAAAACAACUAUGAGCCUGCCUUCUUGGCACACCUCUGGUAACAGGAAAUUUAAAAGCUUGAUAAAGGUCUUAGUAUACAUCUUAGAAUGUUAGAUCUCUGUAAAGAUACGUUUGUAAGUCUACGAGAGUAGAUCUGUGUGUCCAUCAUUCCAUAUGUUUCACUAUAGUUCACAGUGUGGAUCUUGUUAUAAGUUUCAGUGAAGGCGUUGUUUUUUUUAAUGUAUUUUAAAUGGUAAUACCUCCUAGGCAAUAAAAGGUUUCUAUCAGAAGUACACCAAGGUUUCUAUCAGAAGUACUCAAAGGUUUCUAUGUCUUGUAAUUAGCUUAAGCCAGGAUCCGAAAGAGUUAUGUUUUUAUCUAAUUUAUGGAUGCUUGACUGCUCAUACUUAAGUUAUAACUGAGUGUUUUGCUAUUUCAGAGAGCAUUGAAAUUCAAUGCAAAUUGUUUACAAAACAAAUAUUAGCGAUUUGUGUUUGAUUGAGAUCUUUGAAGCUCUUCAUUUUUCAUCUCAUUUUUUGUUGAAACUGUCUGGUCUUUUAGUUUACUGUUAUCGUUGAAAAGAACCAAUUUUUACAUUUUAAUUAGUCUUCUUUUAAUUCUAAUAUAUAAUUCUUAUAAUUUACAGACAUAAAGGAUAUUACAUGCAUAAGGAAUAAGAAAUUGUUUUUACUCUUGCAAUAUUUUGUUUCCUAAAUCAGACAAACAAGUCCAUGGUUGAUUACACUUUGAAAUAAGUAACGUUAUGUUUUCCUAGUAUAUAGAAAAGAAAGGUAUGCUUGAAUUAUAUUAAAUUAUGGUUUUUCUAAUUGUAAGGAUAAUGCAGCUUUGCAUAACUGGAUUUUUUUUAAUGUGUUGAUUUUAACAAUGAUUUUAUUCACGAUU